UUUCGCAACGGGUUUGCCGCCAGAACACAGGUGUAGUGAAAACCACCGCUGAAUCUAACCCAAAAUGGGAAAGGAAAAGACACACAUCAACAUCGUCGUCAUUGGACACGUAGAUUCCGGCAAGUCUACCACUACUGGUCAUCUGAUCUACAAAUGUGGUGGGAUCGACAAAAGAACCAUUGAAAAAUUUGAGAAGGAGGCUGCUGAGAUGGGAAAGGGCUCCUUCAAGUAUGCCUGGGUCUUGGAUAAACUGAAAGCCGAACGUGAGCGUGGGAUCACCAUUGAUAUCUCCCUGUAGAAAUUCGAGACCAGCAAGUAUUAUGUGACCAUCAUCGAUGCCCCAGGACACAGAGACUUUAUCAAAAACAGGAUUACAGGCACAUCUCAGGCUGACUGUGCUGUCCUGAUUGUUGCUGCUGGUGUUGGUGAAUUCGAAGCAGGUAUCUCCAAGAAUGGGCAGACCCGUGAGCAUGCCCUUCUGGCUUACACACUGGGUGUGAAACAACUGAUUGUUGGUGUUAACAAAAUGGAUUCCACUGAGCCGCCUUACAGCCAGAAGAGAUACGAGGAAAUCGUUAAGGAAGUCAGCACCUACAUUAAGAAAAUUGGCUACAACCCUGACACAGUCGCAUUUGUGCCAAUUUCUGGUUGGAAUGGUGACAACAUGCUGGAGCCAAGUGCUAACAUGCCUUGGUUCAAGGGAUGGAAAGUCACCCGUAAGGAUGGCAGUGCCAGUGGAACCACACUGCUUGAAGCUCUGGAUUGCAUCCUGCCACCAACUCGUCCAACUGACAAGCCUUUGCGUCUGCCCCUCCAGGAUGUCUACAAAAUUGGUGGUAUUGGCACUGUCCCUGUGGGCCGAGUGGAGACUGGUGUUCUCAAACCCGGCAUGGUGGUCACCUUUGCUCCAGUCAAUGUUACAACUGAAGUAAAGUCUGUUGAAAUGCACCAUGAAGCUUUGAGUGAAGCUCUUCCUGGGGACAAUGUGGGCUUCAAUGUCAAGAAUGUGUCUGUCAAAGAUGUUCGUCGUGGCAAUGUGGCUGGUGACAGCAAAAAUGACCCACCAAUGGAGGCAGCUGGCUUCACUGCUCAGGUGAUUAUCCUGAAUCAUCCAGGCCAAAUCAGUGCCGGAUAUGCACCUGUGCUUGAUUGUCACACAGCUCACAUUGCUUGCAAAUUUGCUGAGCUGAAGGAGAAGAUUGAUCGUCGUUCAGGGAAAAAGCUGGAAGAUGGCCCCAAGUUUUUGAAAUCUGGUGAUGCUGCCAUCGUUGACAUGGUUCCUGGCAAACCCAUGUGUGUUGAGAGCUUCUCUGACUACCCUCCUCUUGGUCGUUUUGCUGUUCGUGACAUGAGACAGACAGUUGCCGUGGGUGUCAUCAAAGCAGUGGACAAGAAAGCAGCUGGAGCUGGCAAGGUCACCAAGUCUGCCCAGAAAGCUCAGAAGGCUAAAUGAAUAUUAUCCCUUAUACCUGCCACCCCAGUCUUAAUCAGUGGUGGAAGAACGGUCUCAGAACUGUUUGUCUCAAUUGGCCAUUUAAGUGUAAUAGUAAAAGACUGGUUAAUGAUUACAAUGCAUCGUAAAACCUUCAGAAGGAAAGGAGAAUGUUUUGUGGACCAUUUGUUUUUUUGUGUGGCAGUUUUUAAGUUAUUAGUUUUUAAAAUCAGUACUUUUUAAUGGAAACAACUUGACCAAAAAUCUGUCACAGAAUUUUGAGACCCAUUAAAACAAAGUUUAAUGAGAAACCUGUGUGUUCUUUUGGUCAACACUGUAACUUCCCAUAUAGUACUACUUAGGUAAGACUUAGAGUUGCCUAUAACCUAUUUCUGGUGUUACAUCUGCUGAAACUAGAAUUUGAUAAUUUGGGGUUAACAUUUUCUGGGUGGGGAACUUGGGGUUUUUUCACCUUGUUUUAAGGGGAGGAAUCAUCUGUUUACAUAAAGCUAUGGGAGGGGGUCUGUUGGUACAACACUUAUUAAUAGGUUAGGACAGAUAAGCAAAGAGUAACUUUGAUGUGUAAGCUAGUUUACAAAGGCCAAAUUCUGUAAUAAAGUCCACAUGUUGCAUAUAAAA